AUGGAUAACAUGAGAAAAGAGAACAUCUGCAUCAGAGGAGACAUCACUGCAUGUGAAGACUGGAUAAAAGGCUCCCAAGGUCAUCAAAUUCUAUCUCCUUCUUAUGAAAUAGAAGGUAAUCAAUCCCAAAUUAGCACUAAUAGAACUGGACAUAAUCUGGGUGAGAUGUCGUCUGCAAAUUCUGAAUAUGGGAAAGAUUUUGAAAAUAAUGUUAAUCUUUCUAAGCACAAAGAUAUUCAGAAAGAUGAACGGUCAUGUUCUGAAAGAGAGAAAACUUUUAAUGUGAUAUCAAGUGUUGCUGAAAAUCAGAGAAAUCACAGAGGAGAGAAGCCAUAUUCAUGUUCAGAAUGUGGGGAGAAGCCAUUUUCAUGUUUGGAAUGUGGGAAGUGUUUUAAGAAUAAACAUUAUCUUAAGAUACACCUAAGAACUCAUACUGGGGAGCAGCUAUAUUCAUGUUCAGAAUGUGGGAAAUGUUUUAGUCAUAAAUUAAGUCUUGUAAAACAUCAAAGAAUUCACACAGGAGAGCGGCCAUUUCCAUGUCUGGAAUGUGGGAAAUGUUUUAGUGAUAAAUCAAGUCUUGUGCAACAUCAGAGAAUUCACACGGGAGAGAAGCCAUUUCCAUGUCCUGAAUGUGAGAAAUGUUUUAGUCAGAAAACAAUUCUUGUGCAACAUCAGAGAAUUCACACAGGAGAGAAGAGAUUUUCAUGUUCUGAAUGUGGGAAGUGCUUUAGUCAGAAAACAAGUCUUGUGAAACAUCAGAUAAUUCACACAGGAGAGAAGGGAUUUUCAUGUUCUGAAUGUGGGAAGUGUUUUAGUCAGAAAACAAUUCUUGUGCAACAUCAGAAAAUUCACACAGGAGAGAAGGGAUUUUCCUGUUCAGAAUGUGGUAAAUGUUUUAGUGAUAAAUCAAAUCUUGUGCAACAUCAUAGAAUUCACACAGGAGAGAAGGGAUUUUCAUGUCCCGAAUGUGAAAAGUGUUUUAGUAAGAAAUCACAUCUUAUUCGACAUCAGAAAACUCACACAGGAGAGAAGCCAUUUUCAUGCACUGAAUGUGAAAAGUGUUUUAGUGAGAAAUCAAAUUUUGACACUGCCCCCGUCGCUGACGUUCUCAACAGUUUAUACAAAAUGACAGCCGCUGGAGGAAACAUAGAGUCUGUCCCCACGACUAUCGGGCGUCCAGGUGAAGACUGGAUAAAAGGCUCCCAAGGUCAUCAAAUUCUAUCUCCUUCUUAUGAAAUAGAAGGUAAUCAAUCCCAAAUUAGCACUAAUAGAACUGGACAUAAUCUGAGUGAGAUGUCUGCAAAUUCUGAAUAUGGGAAAGAUUUUGAAAAUAAUGUUAAUCUUUCUAAGCACAAAGAUAUUCAGAAAGAUGAACGGUCAUGUUCUGAAAGAGAGAAAACUUUUAAUGUGAUAUCAAGUGUUGCUGAAAAUCAGAGAAAUCACAGAGGAGAGAAGCCAUAUUCAUGUUCAGAAUGUGUGAAGUGUUUUUGGCAGAAAUCACAUCUUGUUGAACAUCAGAAAACUCACACAGGGGAGAAGCCAUUUUCAUGUUUGGAAUGUGGGAAGUGUUUUAAGAAUAAACAUUAUCUUAAGAUACACCUAAGAACUCAUACUGGGGAGCAGCUAUAUUCAUGUUCAGAAUGUGGGAAAUGUUUUAGUCAUAAAUUAAGUCUUGUAAAACAUCAAAGAAUUCACACAGGAGAGCGGCCAUUUCCAUGUCUGGAAUGUGGGAAAUGUUUUAGUGAUAAAUCAAGUCUUGUGCAACAUCAGAGAAUUCACACGGGAGAGAAGCCAUUUCCAUGUCCUGAAUGUGAGAAAUGUUUUAGUCAGAAAACAAUUCUUGUGCAACAUCAGAGAAUUCACACAGGAGAGAAGAGAUUUUCAUGUUCUGAAUGUGGGAAGUGCUUUAGUCAGAAAACAAGUCUUGUGAAACAUCAGAAAAUUCACACAGGAGAGAAGGGAUUUUCCUGUUCAGAAUGUGGUAAAUGUUUUAGUGAUAAAUCAAAUCUUGUGCAACAUCAUAGAAUUCACACAGGAGAGAAGGGAUUUUCAUGUCCCGAAUGUGAAAAGUGUUUUAGUAAGAAAUCACAUCUUAUUCGACAUCAGAAAACUCACACAGGAGAGAAGCCAUUUUCAUGCACUGAAUGUGAAAAGUGUUUUAGUGAGAAAUCAAAUUUUGUGAGACACCUGAGAAUUCACAUAGGAGAGAAGCCUAUUUAA